GCAUCGCCUAGCAACCAGCCGAACAGCCCCAAUGGCCGUCCCGCAACAUGGUCCUGGUCUGCGCAGCGCAAGAUGGCGAGGCUCUAUCUGUUUACCACGCUGCCGGUUGACAAGAUCCGGGCCAUCAUCAACGCGCUGUCUCCCGAUAGAACGAUCAAACAGAGCUCGGCAAACAAAAGACUUCAGCUGCUGUUCGAUAAAGAGCCCCGAUGGCUUCACCCGCGCGAUGAAGACGAUAUGGAACGGCGAGUCACCGAGCUGGCCAAUUCGCCGGUGCAGCUUCGUCUGGCGUCGGAGGCGCAUGCGUCUCCCAGCGACGCCUGCUCUGGCUCAACCUUCUUUGGCAGCGAGGCCUUGUUCGAGUCUCAAGCGUCGGUUUACUACUCUGCCAGCGAUAUCCUACCAGAAGAGAGCAUCAGCCAGGGCUGGAGCAGCAGAGACGACGGCGCAGGCGCUCGGCCACGCGACAAGCGCUUUGCCAACUUCCUCCGCCAGACAACUUCCCUGACCGACUCGAGUGCAAACACCACCGGGACCUUCAGAGAGCAUCUCAAGGGAUACGCGGAGCCAUACGUCAAAGUCGUCAAGCGUCUUGUCAAGAGAUUCACCUCACUGUCGCUUGACCGCCAGGGCAUGUCGCGCCAGCACAGCAUGCGCGUGGUGUGGGACGAGGACUGGAUCAGCGAUCCUGAGGCGACGGACUUGUCCAGCAGGGACAUUCCUUUGCCCGGGAGCCUGCUCUACCUCAACCGUUCUGCUCCGUCCGGGUGUGAUCCCAGCAUGAUUCCUUCAUGGGAAGAUGGGGCUUACAGACACCAACGGCACUUUGACUGGACGAUGUUCAGGGGGCCAUCCUCUCGUGCUGCCGCCCUUUUCGGGGUGUCUCUGUCCCAGGACGACAUUCAUCGGCGCGACUCCCAUCAACACACCGUGCUGCAUUUCAUGGCCGCUCAGGGACAGUUUCAAGCGCUGUAUGCAGCUCUCAGCAGCGGUGCCGCUACCAAUAUCGUCAAUGUCCAAAACACCGCUGGGCAGACGUUUAUGCACCUCAUCAGGGAUGAUGCAUAUGAGUUGAGUGAUGCAGGCUUGUCACAACUCAUCGAAGCCGCGCGGGCCUUGGGGUUCAACAUGCUCGCGAGGGACUGCUUUGGCCGGUCCUCCUUGCACUCCCUCACGAUGCUGGGCAAGACGGUGCACACAAGGUGCUUACAUGGCCUCGAUCCUCGCGAGUAUCUCCAACGCGAUGCGUUUGGAAAUAUACCACCGGUAGGGCCUUGUGAGACAGAGCAGCUAGUCUAUCCCAAUGCCGUGAGGGAACGUGUGUUAGGCAUCGACCCCGAUAGAGUACCGGACCGCGCCAUGGACCCUGGGCGGAGCGAUCAUCCAGCGAUAUCGCAAGAGAGUCAGCUGUUGCAGAACAUAAGGGUGUCGAUGCUCAACCCCUUCCACGAGGACCGGUGCGGCAACAAUGGCCUCCACUGCCUUGCCAUGGCGCCGCUGAGCGUGGCAAGCUUAGCAGAGCGGCACGACCUGGAUAUCUCCUUGGAAACAGGGGAGUUUGGCGUUUCCAGCCAUCAGGAGGCAGUGGACUCGUCAGAGCAGAAGCUGCGAUUGCGAUACGAGACGCUGCAGACGUUGCUUGCUGCCGGACAGGACCCGAACCACCGUAACAUGUUUGGCAACACCCCGCUCAUGGCCUUUGUCGCGGCGCUGCCGGAGGAGGACGAGUACAAGCUUGGGCCAGCCAUCCUGCAGCUCCUUGUCUCCAAGGGCGCCGACGUCAACGCGCGGAACAAGAAGGGCGAGACGGCGCUGCACGUUGCCGUGCGCUUCCACCGCAAGCUCGCUGCUAAAGCGCUGGUCAUGGCGGGGGCCAACGUGGAUGUGCGCAACUCGGACGACAAGAGCCUGCUUGACGUCUGCGACGCGCACAUUCCGUUUGAGCCUAAGGAGUAUGCCAAGUACCUGGCGUGCAGGGCGUGGCUGAGCGGGCCAGCGAGGGCGCAGCAGAGUCCGUCGUUUUGGGAGGAGUGGAGGGUC